AUAUAAUAUUUGUGCGCACGCAUAUGCUUUUUAAGGUCAAGUAUUACACUGAAGUCAUGGCUUCAGUUUGCCGAUGAACAUGCUGCAUGGUAUGUGACAAGCGAGUUGAUCAAUGGCAGUGUUGGUCUGCCUAAACCAGUACAAGUUUCUACCUCAAAUGUGAAAAGCAACAUUUCAAGUGUUAUCUUUCAAACUCAGGGAUUAGUUUGUUUUUUCAAUGUAUUGGACAAAACUAUUGAUUUGAAAUACGGGUUCUCCAUCUUAUCCAGCAGAGUCUAUGGAUAUCGAGUCAGAUAAUUCCGAUACGGGUCCACUCAAACGUAGGAGACGUGACGAUGACCAAAGUUCUAACGAUUCAUCCAAUAUUGGCAUACCAACAUGUAUAGUCACUCCAACCUCAAACGGUAAAAGCGAUGAUGAAGAUGAUGAGGCAAGAUUUAUUCCAAGCAGAAAACGCAGGGAAUUUAUCCCAGAAACUAAUAAGGAUCAAUGUUACUGGGAAAAAAGACGCAAAAACAAUGAAGCAGCUAGAAGAUCUCGAGAGAAAAGACGUAUACAAGAUGUUGUCUUAGAAAAUCGCAUUAUAGAGCUUAGUCGCGAUAAUCUUGGGUUAAGAAACGAGUUGUACGCCAUCAAGAAAAAGUUUGGAAUACCCCUCAACGAAACAUUUCAACUGGAUGAAAAUGAGAAGGAAAGUCAUUCCGAGAAGGCUAGAUUGUAUUCUUUAAAUGCUCCAAUGGCACCACAAAUGCCAGGAUAUAUGAAUUCCCAAAUAACGAACUCUCGCUGUGCACCAGUAAUGCCUUUAUCAUCCCAGUUAUCUGUAAGACUGCCUCCAGUUCAAGAUAGUUAUCCUCCAAAAACAUUACCGUAUUUAUUUGCUCCUACCUCUGAUCAGUAUGUGACCAAUUCGAUAGCAUCUACAAACUCAUCAAUUAAUUCCAGAUCUGAAAAAGACGUUUCUGAAUACAGUCCCAAACAAGCAGCGUACAAUCACUCGGAACUUAAUGAAGAAAUCAUGCGAAAGCAGAUGAAAAUGAAUUAUGAACAUAUCAUGGCAAACAAACAUUCAGAAUAUGAAUCGGAUGUUCGCAACACAGCUGAAAAACAUGAAUCCAUGUUCCGAUAUCAUGACUCUGGAAACAGCCUGCCUCCUCAGGAAAAACCAUCUCAUUCAUUUUCAACCAAUCCUACCUCAUCACAAAUGUCUAUGGCAGCCUACUGUCAGUCUCGUGAUAGAUCAAAUAGUUUAACUUCACGCGCAUCAGGGCUGCAACACGAGUCUCGUGAUAGAUCAAAUAGCUUAACUUCACGCGCAUCAGGUCUGCAACACGAGUCUCGUGAUAGAUCAAAUAGUUUAACCUCUCGCACAUCAGGGCUGCAACACGAAGACCUUUCAGAUGACUACUCUCAGGAUCAACCAUUAUCUCUCACUGUUAGACGUCGAACUAACAGUUUCUCAGGAAAUGACAGCUCAAAUUCCAUAUCCUCACCAGGAAGUCCAGUUUCUAACAGUCCCCCAGCCAUGGCAUUACCUCAUAAACUACGACACAAGCUACCUACAGAUACUAAAAACCAUUCUCCUUUCAAAGACUAUGGAAGUAAUUACUAUCUAAGUGGACUAACGCAGCUUUCCGAGAUUGCGCUAGCUCAGUCAAACCCUCUACCUCUUGUAAAACGACCAUCUCAAGAUGACGAACGAAACGAUACAAAUUCUUCAGGGAGUGGAAAUAACAGUAAUCCUAGAGCUUUAAUUGAUCCCAGGUAUGUCGAAAGACGUAAACGAAAUAAUGAAGCAGCAAGAAAAUGCAGGGAAAACAGAAAAACACUCACAACGCUGCGUGAGGUGAAGUCCAGUUAUCUAGAAAAUGAAAACGGGAAACUUAGAGAAGAACUUGAUGUAUUACAGGAUGAAAUGAAAAGGCUACGAGAUCUCGUUGAGAAAAAAAGAGGUAUCAGGUCUGACCAUAAGGAUGGUAGCAGCAGUCAGUCUAGUCCCGAAAGCGAGUCUCAACAGGGAAAUUGAAACAGAAUAAUGAUGAACGCCAAGAAAAACGGUAGCCAGAAAGUUUUCAGGUAUAUCAACUUUCAUUAUGAAAGAGUAAUAUUUUUAGAGGCAUCAAAGAAACUUGAUUGAUUUAUUUACCUCGACGAUUUUGUGCAUCACUAUAAACGUCUUUAAUUGAAUUAUAUAUCCAUUUGUACAUAAGCAUAUACUAUAUUUAGAACUUGUGAAUUUUAUUUCUAUCUUCAGAUUAGUUUUUUUCUUCAUUGUUUCUUUAUUCCGUUUUGUAUACAAUAUUCGGAGAAUGACUUGAUGUUGAUCGGGUUUUAACUUUACGGGUGUAGAAGUUCAAGAAGAUAUUCAUAUAUCACUGUUUGAUAUUUACAUUAUAUAUUAAAGAGAGGCGGAUUAUAUAUAUAUAUAAUUUUUUUUAUCUGUAAUGUUUUUUUUAAACACAUUAUUUAUUGUUUUGUGACGGGUGAAAUCAGGGAAAUAUUAAAUAUGUUUAUUACAAUUCAAAUGAUAAUAUUUGAAUGUAAAAUGAAAACAAGUAUUUGAGGUUUUUGUUAUCCACUGGAAGUGAUGGGAUCUUAUAGCCCAAUAUCUAGUGUCGACCACUUGAUUGAAACUCAUGUCAUUUUAUAUUCCAAUACGAGCCACAGCCUUACCAGUCUUUGGCUACGAAAUGUCUUAUAGAAAUAGUAAUGUCAGAGCAAUUUUUCAGGAAUAACCCGUUACUCAUAUCUAAUUUUGCGAAACCCUAAUGUAAUGAUUACAAUGGCAAAUAUAUAAUUUGUUAUGGCUUUAUGACAUCAAAGUGACAUCACAACUGACAUUUUUGCUCUAAAGAGUCAAGAUUGUACCAUUCCAUUCUUUUUUUCAAAAUAAAAAAUGAAACCGACUUUGACAGGAUCUUACCAUACCUCAACCUGAACUGUAAUAAUACCUCUAUAUUUGGGCAUUUAAUAUUUUCGUGAAUAGGUUGGUGUUUAGCCUAUUUAAAAUAACAGCUAUAUAGCUUUGUCGCUGCAAGAAAAAGCACAACAGUUCGUGUGAUUAAUCUGUAGUGGCUUUUAGUUCCUUCUUUAUGAGAAAGUCCCUACCAUUUCGGCCACCCUUGAAAUAAAAAUGCAGUCUACACUUGUUGAAGCUAAAUGGUAUUAGAAAAUUCUUGGUUAUCAUAUUAUUUUCUUUUUUGCAUGUAUACUAAACGUGAAAAUUGUGCCAUAAAUGUAGGUGAGACAUGCAAGAUGUUAUUGAAUAAAAUAAAGCCGAUCAAAAGAAUUUGAUCUAAACAAGAAUUUCUGUACGAUUCGUCCCAUCUUGAAAACGUUUGUAUAGAAGAUCCUCAAGUGUGAACACGGAAGAUUUGUUACAUCACAUAAUAGUACAACGAAUAGUACAACGUAGAAAUGUAUAACCUAAGGGCAUUCCACUUAUAACUAAAUCCAAUGAACUUUACUGCCAAAAAUAUGUUACGGGAGUUUUAAAGGGAGAUUUGAGGGGUUUACAUUGAAAGGUAUUGAAUAUCGUUAACAAUUUUCUACUGAGACAUUUAAGAAAAGUGGUAGCACCAACGAAAUUAUUUUGUCGUGUAUUCGAAUAAAAUGCUAAAUGAGAUAUAUAUAUAUGUCAAUUAGACAAAAACAUCAAGAUAUAAGAAAUUGUCAUAAUUAUAGAAAAUACAUAAACUGUUGGCAUUUCUGGUUUUAAUGUAUCAUGGUCUGCAUAUCUGUUAUUCAGGAGAUCAUUGUGUUCUGAUAGUAUAUUCUUCCACGUUUCCGGUAUUCUUGUAUGUCUCACUUAAAAUUGUAAUUUAUUUGAAUUUUUACAUAUGUAGUGUAUAUGUAUUUAAUGUGAGUAUGUGUUUUGUGAGUCAAAGUUUUGUUACAGAAAAACGAACUUUAAUCUUGUUAUAACUUACAUAUUUUGUACUAGUGCUAAAUUGUCUUAAUGUGAUUAUCAUUUUCAUUCAUGAAACUGAAAAAAAACUAUAUCAAUAUGUCUUCACUGCUGAAUAAUUUGGCAAAAAAAUGUUUGGCGUGUCAAUUAUUUUAAUUUGAUAAUCAAACUAGCAAUUUGACUGCUUUUAAAAAAAUUUGUUAGUUUUAAACGGCUAUGUUUGUUUUUACUUAAAAGUAAAAUCUCCAAGAUUUAAAAUUUUCAAUUUUUGAAAAGUAAAGUUUGUUUGAUCAUGAGUUUGUAAAUUUUUGUUUUAAGUAAAUAUGUUUUAUUUUAUUCAGACAUAUAUAUUUGUCAUUGAAAUUUCAUGUGCCAUAUGUUCUGCCGUUGCCAUAUAUACAUAAACAUUAUUUAUUUUUAUACAAAUGUCAUGUAAAAGACCUUUAGUAAAAUUGGUAUGAACUCGACUCGUAUGUACAUUUAUUUUACUGGGCUUUGAUAACUUUACUAAAUUGAAAUUUAUUUUCUUUACUGCUACACAGGAACAAACAAAAUUGCUUAAUAGCAAAUGACAUUUAACGAUGAUUCUUGUAUAGCUUGUUAAUUAUAUGACUGUAACCUAACUAUCUUUAUUUAAACAUGAGUUAAUUUUUAACUUUUGAAAACAAUUCAUGGGUAAUGUUUUCCUUUUUUGUUUCGUAUAUAAUAGAAUGAGAGUAUGUUGAGGUAUUUUGGUGAUGUUGUAUAUUUCGUAUGAUUGCAAAAUGACUUGGCAUUAUAAUAUGUCUUCUUGCAUGUCUUUAUAUUCUCGCUUUCGUUUGACUGAAACUUUAUACAGAUUCACAUCAACUAACUGAGCAAUGGGAUAACCGAGGUUCUUUUCUCUAUGUUUAAGGCGGGUCCAAUUUACAAAAUCUGAUUUACGACGAGUUUUCUUGUGUUUUUUCUCUAUUUCAGUAACUUUUUUUUUCAAUUUGAAUGAAUCGGUGAUGCUAAUAUGUUUGCUAUGGUAAGAGUUUUAGUCCUAUUUUUACAGAAAAAUGGGGAGUGAAAGCUAUUUCUAAAUUUAAGAAUAUUUUCUUGUUACCUUACAAUAUAACAUUGAUUUUGAAUGUAUAGUGAUUUUAAAUUUUUGAACAUUAUUGUCUUUUUUCAUACUUUUAAACGUAUUUAUUGUGCUGUUUCUUGUAGUUGACUGGAUGUAAGUUUUUAAGCAAUUCAUAGGCAUGCUAAUCUGGGGUUAUUGAUGGGUUAAUUCAGUUGAACGAAAUUGUAAAUUACUUAAGAAAUAAGAUUCAACGAAGGUCUGGCGUAUCUGGGGGGACAUUUCGUAUUGACUAGAUUAUUUCAUUUACACAUUGGACGCGUUAUUUCUAUUGCAGAGUAAAAGAUAAACUGAAUUCUUGUAAAAGAUAUGAACAAUUGUUCAUAACACAAAUUUUUUUGGUCACUUAAGGUCUAUAAGAUUGUUGUUAAUUUUUUAGGAAUCAAUUUAAUACUUUCAUCAAGUUAUGAAUAUAUCAAUCAUUUGAUGCUUCUCCAUUCCUAUCAGUUAUUUGGUUUCAAUGUACGUCUAUGACAACACUACAAGAGAAACAUGAGAUGUAUCCACAUUUUCUUGGUUCAGCUAUCUUUUGUCAAAUAUAUAUAAUUGCAAUGUAACCUUAUAAGUUUGAUUUGUGAGACAAUGUUUAAAGUUUGAAGUUAUUCUCAGUUGUAAUCAGGCGAGACAUUUUUUGAUGUCCACUUUGUCCGAUAUGUAUUUUGUUUAACAAAAAAAUCAGUUAUGAGUUAUGUAAGAUUUUCAAAAACAUUUUUUACACACUUUUGGUUAUUUUAAAAUGGUCAAUAAUAAUGUGGCCGUAAAACAUAUGGGUCAGUCACCGUUUUUCCUUAAGUUAAGAACCUCCAUUUAUUUUGCCAUAACUAUUUCAGUAAAUCGUUUAGUUAUUUCAAUAAACUUGUAAUGAAAAAAAGCUUUUACUAGCAUUAUGAUGAUAUAAAAUUGCAUUGCAUGUAGAGUUUUAGGCAAUAUAUGAAAAAUGGUUAAUUUGAAAGGCCCAUUCUAAAUAUAAAGCCUAGACUGUGUGACAAGUGUACACAUGCCUUAUAGUAAAAGUAGCAUUAUUUCAACAUAAAAGAACGUGACCGUAUAUUACCUUCAAACAAACAUAUUUUGGAAAGAUUUUUUCUUUUUGUUUUUAAUUUGCUGCCAGAAAAGUUUAUCUACUACCUCUUGUUUGUAUAUAUCCUAAUAUUAAGUUUAGAUCAGGAAUCUUGAAUAUGUUGUUUAAAUCUUUCUGAAACUACCUCAAUUUGUGGACGAAUAAAUCAGUGCUGUGCUUACAUGUGUCAUAUGAAAUAAAGCUAAAAAGUA